UAAAUUAGCUCACCCUCAAAUAUUCUCCUCCUAAAUUAGCUCGCCAAAUUAAAAUUUCAAAACAAACCAAAACGAUGUCGUUUCUCGUUCCCGGUUCCGAUCUCCGUUCCCUCGCCACCGCUUUCGGUACUGACCGUUACUACUUCAGCCCAGUCAGGUGCCCCGAACCGCUUCGCGUCUCCGCCCGCCGCAGCCCCGCUAACGGCGUAGCCUUGGGUUUGGAAAAGAGAAACGACCCGCGGUGGUCGGUUUGUACCGCCGACGAGCUUCACUUCGUCUCCGUUCCCGAUUCCGACUGGAACCUCGCUCUCUGGCGCUACCUUCCCUCUCCUCAGAGCGAGCCGAGGAAUCAUCCGCUGUUACUGUUGUCGGGGGUCGCCACAAAUGCUAUUGGAUUCGAUCUCUCUCCUGAGUUCUCCUUUGCGCGCUCCAUGUCGGCGCAAGGAUAUGAUACCUGGAUUCUUGAAGUCAGAGGUGCUGGGUUGAGCACACAUGGAACCGACUCAGGGGAAGUAAAUGGUUUGUUAGAAGCAGGAAAAAACCGUGCUACACAGAUUAGGGGUUUAAGUCAAACACCAUUGAACAUCAUGGAAGUAGGUCAACGAGCGGUUACAAGUUUUGCAGACUUCCAAGAGCGUUUUUCAACUACAUUGGAAGAUUUCCAGAAGCAACUUGAUCUUGUCGCAAAGCUUGAUUGGGACUUUGAUCACUACUUGGAAGAGGAUGUGCCUGUUGCGAUGGAGUAUAUAAGAACUCAAUGCAAACCAGAGGAUGGCAAGCUUCUCGCGAUUGGUCACUCGAUGGGGGGUAUCUUGCUAUAUGCAAUGCUCUCACGAUGCUCUUCUCAAGGACAAGAUUCUGGAUUCGCAUCAGUUGUUACUUUGGGGUCAUCACUUGACUACAGGCCUUCAAAAUCAUCACUGAAAUUGUUUUUACCUCUGGCAAACCCUGCUCAGGUGGUAAAUGUUCCUGUUCCGUUCGGCGCAAUAUAUACUGCUGUGCAUCAUCUUGUGAGUGGUACUCCAGUUUUGUCUUGGUUAAAACCUCAAGUUUCUGCUCAAGACCUGAUGGAUCCAGAGUUAUAUGAAAAGCUUAUCUUAAACAACUUUGGUACUGUCCCUGCUAAGCUUCUCUUGCAGCUAGCAACAGUCUUCCAGGAGGGUGGUUUACGUGACAGGAGUGGGACUUUCUUUUACAAGGAACAUCUAUGCAAAAGCAAUGUCCCAAUCUUGGCCCUUGGAGGAGAUCAAGACCUAAUAUGUCCUCCUGAAGCCGUUUAUGAAACAGUGAAGGUAAUUCCUGAGCAAUUGGUUACCUUCAAAGUUCUUGGAGAACUUGGCGGUCCUCAUUAUGCACACUACGAUUUGGUUGGAGGUCGCGGGGCAGCAGGAGUGUAUCCACACAUUAUUGAGUUUCUCAAUCGUCAUGACAGGGCUUGAUUUCUUCGUCUUUUAAAUCAUCUACUCCUAAAGAAAGGCAACCAUAUGAAGAAUCCCCAAAAGGAGGUCAAAAUGGCUGUUGAUAUGCACACAUAGUUGUAAGGGAUGUAAUUUGUAUCAAAAUGGCUGUUGAUAUGUACACAUAGUUGUAAGGGAUGUAAUUUAUACAACAAAAGCUUACUAAAUCGUAGGCCAACUUGGUUUUAAGUGUUGGUAUUGUAAGCUGUAAAAAGUGAUGAGUAAAGGUGAGAAAACUAGGAAGUUCAUUAUC